AUGCCUGCCUCUACUGACCAGCCAAGAGCCAACAACACAGUUGAAACCCUUCUUGUUGCUCUCCUUCAUAUUGACAAGCUGCGCGGGUACGUCAAUUACGACUCCUGGAGACUCCUCAUCAUGGCCAAUGCCCGCGCCCUCAAACUCGCCUCCCACCUCGACGGCUCUGCACAAAGAAGCUCGCUUAGGCCUCGCGCAAAGGAAGCUCAUGCGACCGCCGAGGCGUGCGCCCGCGUGCUCAUCUUGGGCUCGAUUGCGCCAGACCUGCUGCUGGUGCUGCUGGAGCGCGGGCUGCAGGACAACACCUCUGCCGCCGAUCUGAUGAUGUGGCUGCAUGCCACGGCCAGUCCACGCGAGGCGACCGAAGAGGCCCACAAUGACCUGGCAAAGCUCAUGCGCAUCGACCGCAAGGACUUUCCAUCGAUGGAGGCCUACACCAAGGAGUCGCUGAACCUGUGGGCUCGCAUCAGUGACUGCUGGCCGAACAGCGCCAUGGUCAUCGCUGCAAUGUCCAUCCUUGAGGGCAUGAGGCCGUAUAAUGAGAACGCGUACUUGGGCUGGAAGCACUUUGUAAUUGAAAAGAAGGGCAUGUUUUCUCAGCAAAACCUGCUUGACCUUGCCGUGGCAUUGAGGGACCGCCAGGAGGACCAACAUACCUCGUCUUCCGUUCAUGUGAUGGACAUGAUAUCCGAGGAAGAGGAGAAAUCCGAUGGCAGCCAAUCAACCACUGAAGGAUAA